AUGCUCCGGUCAUGGUCCAAGGGCGCUGUACGCGCCCUCGUCCGACCGAGCCGCCCUGUCCUCCCGCGCACUCGAGAGAUCGCCAUCCACGCCAGUCGCCGCGCUGUCCAGAAUAACGCUGCCCCCACGACGGACCGAGUGCCUCUGCGCAAACAACUGAAGCAAGAUGCCAAAGCCAUACGAGCACAGAAGAGGCUACGCAAAGAGUCGGGGGAGGCGUCGAGGCAAGACUGGGAAUUGACGGUCGGCAUUGAGAUCCACGCGCAGCUCAAUACCGCAGCCAAAUUGUUUUCUCGUGCUCCAACGUCGAUCAGCGAUACUCCGAAUUCCAAUGUGGCCUUGUUCGACCUCGCUUUUCCGGGGAGCCAGCCGGAAUUCCAAGCAGCCACUCUCCUCCCAGCGCUGCGGGCUGCGCUGGCCUUGAAUUGCCAGGUCCAGACGGUGAGCCGCUUCGAUCGCAAGCACUACUUUUACCAGGAUCAACCGGCUGGGUACCAAAUCACACAAUAUUACGAGCCAUUUGCCCGCAAUGGGUUCGUGGAUCUGUAUGACUACGAUGGGAUUGCGCCCGAGGACGGUGAUCGGGUGCGCGUCGACAUCAAACAAGUCCAGCUGGAACAGGAUACCGCCAAAUCCCAAGAGUACCCCCCGGCGACCCAGCUGCUCGACUUCAAUCGGGUCUCCCACCCGCUCAUUGAAAUCAUCACGAUGCCGCAAAUACACACCCCUGCCACGGCGGCCGCCUGCGUGCGCAAACUGCAGGCCAUUCUCCUCGCGUGCGGCGCCGUGACCACGGGGAUGGAAAUGGGAGGCCUACGAGCCGAUGUCAACGUCUCGAUUCGCCGCCGCGGUGAGGGCCCGGGACAGUAUCAGUACGAUGGUCUCAGCGGGCUGGGCCAACGUACAGAGAUCAAAAACUUGAGCAGUUUCAAGGCUGUCGAGGAUGCCAUCAUUGCCGAGAAGAAUCGCCAGAUCGCGGUCCUCGAGAGCGGCGGGGUGGUGGAGGGAGAGACUCGGGGGUGGACCAUCGGUAGUACUGAGACACGCCGACUGCGUGGAAAGGAGGGUGCGGUUGACUACCGCUACAUGCCCGAUCCAGAUAUCCCGCCAUUGAUCCUCGGUCAGGACCUCGUUUCUUCCCUCCGGGAGUCAUUGCCGACUUCUCCAGACUCCCUCGUCGCGAAAUUAACAGGCCCGGAAUAUGGGCUGUCGAUUGAUGACGCGAAGCCCCUCAUCGAAUUGGAUGAUGGAGCUCGGCUCGAAUACUACUUGGAUGUGGUGGACAUUCUACGCACUCCGUCACCCGACCUGGCCUCCCCCCAAGCCCAGGUCCCUCUGGCGCGGACGGCAGCCAACUGGGUCCUCCACGAGCUCGGGGGUCUUUUGACCAAGGCGGACCGGGCCUGGAGUGAGGAGAUCGUCCCCGCCCAGGCUUUGGCGGAUCUGGUACAGAACCUGAAUCAGAGACGCAUCACCGGCUCGAUCGCGAAGCAGGUUCUCGCCGCGAUCUUUGAGGGGGAUUCGCGACCAGUGUCUCGACUGUUGGAGGAAGACAACCUCCUCCUGCGGCCCAUGUCGCGUGAGGAGUACGUGGCCCUCGCUCAGGAGGUUCUCGCCCAACGACCGGAGAUGGUUGAACAAAUUCGUAGCAAGAACCAGCACGGUAAAAUCGGCUGGUUCCUAGGUCAGAUGAUGCGCAUGGGAGAAAAGGGCCGCGUGGAGGCGUCCAAGGCGCAAGAGGUGCUCCACGAGCUUAUCCUGGGCACACCAUGA